AUGGCCAUCCUUGCUGGAUGUUGCUAUGACCACGCUACAGCGGGCACAACUGAUCAAGUUGAGAACGUGAAGACAGCUUCGAAGCCAAACAACUCCAGUGGCGACAAAGCAAACUACUACCUCAAGAGUGACACGAAAAGUGACGAAGAAAGAGGAGGCCUAGGGAAACUCCAGACAAUUUUUCAGAAGUCUCCCAAAUUUAACACCCAAAUGAGGAAGACAUCAGAUUUAAAGACACUACAAGCUGCUGCGCUGAAGUCAUGA